AUGUCAAAUAACCCAAUGUGGUAUUUUGCCUAUGGCUCCAACAUGCUUUCGGAUGUCUUCAUCACGCGAAGAAAAAUCCAGCCUCUCAGAUCCGAAGUUGCUCUGGUUAAAACGCAAACCCUCUGCUUCAACAUAAUGGGCGUUCCAUACACCGAUCCUGCCAUGGGGGGCUUGCGCCCAGCUGAGGAACAAGAUAUUCCGGUAUAUGGCAUUGCGUACCUAUUGUCUCCCGACGAUAUGAGAAAGGUGAUCAUCAGCGAAGGAGGUGGAAUCGCCUACAAAGCCGAGGUUUUUACAGCCACGUUGCAAAAUGAUGGGUCAGAAGAUCUGUUGAUCCGAGGUGCCAGUGAACAUUCUCUCCCGGAGUCUUACCAGAAGAGACUUUUGUCACAGCAAACAUUCAUUCCGGGGCAAAGCUGUCGAUUCAAGGUUGGUAAAUGGCUAUUUGACGGAUUCUGGCAACGGGUCGCAUACUGGAUUGAAAAAGGAGUUUACAAAUUCAAAGAUGGCGAAGGGAACGUUCCACCGUGGUUCCUAGUCAUCUUCGAUUUUCUCUUAUGGACUAUGUGGUAUUACCAUGACUACGUCCACAGCGUCAUUUGGGGCAGGGGUGAUGGAUUGAAUAGGAAAUAG